UAACGUUACAGUACCUUGACACUCAAUACACAACUUUAUAAUUUAGUGUGACAACAUUGCGCUUACUUUACCUCAUUCUGCAUUAGUCAAUGGGUUUCAUACAGCGUAUUGCCAUUUAAUAUGUGGAGCGUUGCGGUCGCGCUUUAAAUGAUGCUUUAUCAUCGCGGGAUGCACCAACAAAGUAAACGAGCACGCAAACUUGUGUGCAGUAGAGAAAUAAAGAGCAGCGAGGCAAACUGAGCAGAUUUUGUAUUAAUCCCGCGUCUGGAUCAUGGGGUAGUGGCAGUGGCACGAGCGCUCUCUUCACAUUUGAAACGAUGAGCAGAAGAUAUCCGCCGAAAAUCUCACCUGGUACCCCGUGAAUACCGCUUUACGUCGUGGAUUUAUAUCUUGGAUGGUUGUAUCUUUGCGCGCAAUGGGAGAAGGAUGGAAGUUGGUGAACGGCACGCGCCGUGGUUCCCUAAAUCCGGCACGAAGUUUUUCGGGGUUUUACCUGUUGUGAUAAACGUUACAGAGCCAUGGAGGAGCGCAGAGGACUGAUGCUUUUUCUUUUUUAUUUGAUGUCAAAGUUGUACCUUAGUGACCAGCAAGUCAUAAGAAUCGGAGGCAUCUUUGAGACGCGGGAGAAUGAACCUGUCAGUAUGGAUGAACUCGCCUUUAAAUUUGCUGUUACUAGCAUUAACCGAAACAGAACCUUGAUGCCAAACACCACGUUGACCUACGACAUCCAGAGAGUGAACCUCUUUGACAGUUUUGAGGCCUCGCGAAGAGUAUGUGACCAGUUGGCCCUGGGGGUCGCAGCGGUCUUCGGGCCCGCUCAUAGCUCCUCGGUCAGCGCCGUCCAAUCCAUUUGCAAUGCCCUGGAGGUGCCACACAUCCAGACCCGCUGGAAACACCCGUCUGUGGACAAUAAAGACAAUUUUUACAUUAACCUCUACCCGGAGUACACCUCCAUAAGCAGAGCUAUUCUGGACAUUGUCGUUUUCUACAAAUGGAAGUCUGUUACCGUGGUGUAUGAGGACAGCACAGGAUUAAUGCGCAUGCAGGAACUGAUCAAAGCUCCUGCGAAAAACAGCCUGAAGAUCCGCAUUCGCCAGCUGCCUACGGGAGGAGGUGACUCUCGCCCCCUGCUGAAAGAGAUGAAGAAGGAAAAGGAGUUUUACAUCAUCUUCGACUGCUCCUACCAAGUAGCUGCUGAACUUCUGAAACAGCUGAUGUCGAUGGGUAUGAUGACUGAAUACUAUCACUUCUUCUUUACUACUUUGGAUUUGUUUGCUCUGGAUCUCGAGCCGUACCGUUACAGUGGGGUCAACAUGACGACCUUCCGUCUUCUGAAUCUAGACGAGCCGUAUGUGGCCUCUGUGAUCCAGAAGUGGUCCAAGGAGCGUCAACUCGCGCCGCCCAAACCUGACAGCGGAUUGAUGAGCGGCAUAAUGACUACAGAAGCUGCGCUGAUGUAUGAUGCGGUGUUCAUGGUCACUGUGGCGUCCCAGCGGGCGACACAAAUGACCGUGAGCUCCUUGCAGUGCCACAGACACAAACCCUGGAGGUACGGCCCGCGCUUCAUGAACCUGUUUAAAGAGGCCCAAUGGGAUGGUUUGACAGGACGAAUAGUCCUUAACAAGACUGAUGGCUUGCGCAGAGAUUUCAACUUGGACCUCAUCAGCCUCAAGGAAGAUGGGACGGCUAAGAUUGGUGUGUGGAACUCUUACACAGGCCUCAGUCUGACCGAGAGGAAGGACAACAACAAUAUUACAGACUCACUUGCUAACAGGACACUUAUUGUCACCACAAUCCUGGAGAACCCAUACGUUAUGUUUAAAAAGUCAGACAAGGUGCUCUAUGGGAAUGAACGGUUCGAGGGUUACUGUCUCGAUCUCCUAAAGGAGCUCUCCAACAUCCUGGGAUUCACUUACGAAGUGAAGCUGGUCUCAGAUGGGAAAUAUGGAGCGCAGAAUGAUAAAGGAGAAUGGAAUGGGAUGGUUCGGGAGCUAAUUGACCACAUAGCCGACCUGGCAGUGGCUCCAUUGACCAUCACUUACGUCAGAGAGAAAAGUAUCGACUUCUCCAAACCCUUCAUGACCCUGGGCAUCAGCAUACUGUACCGCAAACCAAACGGCACCAACCCAGGGGUGUUCUCCUUCCUGAACCCCCUCACACCCGACAUCUGGAUGUAUGUGCUGCUGGCCUGUCUGGGAGUGAGCUGUGUGCUGUUUGUAAUAGCCAGGUUCACUCCGUACGAAUGGUAUAAUCCCCACCCGUGCAACCCGUCGUCUGAGGUUAUCGAAAACAACUUCACACUGCUCAAUAGUUUGUGGUUUGGAGUCGCGGCUCUGAUGCGUCAAGGAUCUGAGCUGAUGCCCAAAGCACUGUCCACCAGAAUCGUGGGAGGGAUUUGGUGGUUCUUCACUUUAAUCAUCAUAUCUUCCUACACGGCCAACCUGGCUGCUUUCCUCACAGUGGAGAGGAUGGACUCCCCCAUCGAUUCUGCAGACGAUUUAGCCAAGCAGACUAGAAUUGAAUACGGAGCAGUGAGAGAUGGCUCCACGAUGACUUUCUUUAAGAAAUCAAAAAUUUCAACAUAUGAGAAGAUGUGGGCAUUUAUGAGCAGCAGGAAGAACACAGCGCUUGUGAAGAAUAACAAAGAAGGGAUCACAAGAGUCCUAACCACAGACUACGCCCUCCUCAUGGAGUCCACCAGCAUAGAGUACAUCACCCAGAGGAACUGUAACCUUACUCAGGUCGGAGGACUGAUAGACUCUAAGGGCUACGGCGUUGGGACCCCCAUAGGUUCACCCUAUCGAGACAAGGUGACCAUCGCCAUCCUGCAGCUACAGGAGGAAGGAAAGCUACACAUGAUGAAGGAGAAAUGGUGGAGAGGUAACGGAUGUCCUGAAGAGGACAGCAAAGAGGCCAGCGCCCUGGGUGUGGAAAACAUAGGGGGCAUCUUCAUCGUCCUCGCUGCUGGUCUUGUGUUGUCUGUGUUCGUGGCCAUCGGAGAGUUCGUUUACAAGUCGCGCAAAAACAGCGACAUUGAGGAGGCUUUCUGCUUCUUUUACGGAGUCCAAUCCCAGCAGCUGGAGAGGAGUGAUUCCAUCUCCUCCACUGGCACCUCCUUAUCAACAGAUUUAGAGAGUGGGCGGCUCCUCGGGGAUGACAUAUGUUCUUCACAUUAGCCCACACUCAUAUCCGUAAGGGCUUUGCGUUAUUUAAAGGGCUAAAGUAAACUCCUUUCCAUCCACUGGUUCCUUUCGAACUGUUUUACCAAACCCUUGACCUUAAUCCGUUGCCCAUACCACAAGAAAUGUUGUAUGUUUUUUAAGGAGAUGAGAAACACUUGUUUAAAUUUAAAUGUAGAUGUUCUAUAGACCAAUUUGCAAGAAUGUAAACACUGCUCCAAAAGCACUGGUCCAGGUUUCAUUUUUUUAUCUUGCAUCAAUAUUCGUUUAGCAUUGUAAUUCGCUAAUGCAACCAAAAUGUUCACUUGGUUGUAUUUUGUUCAAACGUUUGUGUAUUGGUAAAACCUAAACAGGAAGUUCUUCAUGGUUUACGUCUUCUGAAGUGGUCUAUUUAAUAUUUGAAUUCUUAUAUUGUUCUUGAAAGUUUGAACCACAUGACAAAUGACGUAUAAUGACCACUUAUGAUGUGCUGCGGCCAAUAAUUGUAUUAAAUUUAAAAAAAAAAACUAUCUACAUUUUUGUGGCUGAAAUAUAAAUCUCUGAUACAAUAUGCUUAAGUGAAUGCUAUUCUUAAAACAUUUAUAUCAGUUCUAUUUUCAUGAAAAAUAAGUUUGUUAAUUUUGUUAAUUUAAGACGACAAAAUUAUAGAAUAAAGAUAUGAGAUGAUUACUUACAAAUCUCAAAGGAACGCAAAUACAGAUCAUUUGUUUAAAAAAACGUUACGCUUGUCAAGGAAAUGAAUUCAUUUUAUGAUAAAUCACGGUCAAACCACAUGAAAAACACUAAAAUCAUUCAAUUAAAAAAUGUUAAUCUGCAUUUACAGUAUGUGUACACCUCAUUCUUAAUCUUUGAAUAACUGCAAUUCUUAUUUGUAUUUUAAAACUGUCAUUAUACGUCAUUGACUCAUACAUGCCCAGAUUUUAGACAAGGAUCCAUGGAGAUGUAUAGAAAACAUCUCAAUGAAAUUCCAUUAUCAUAAUACCAGGUGCAUUUCCUGGGGGUCAAACCCAUGACCUUGGCAUUGCUCUAUCAGCUACAGUAAGCCUUGCUUUAAUAUGACAAAGGUUAUUUGUAAUUAACCUUUGCCUUCUGUAUAAGACAUGGAGAAGACAUCAGUUCAGAGGAGUUUUCAUAAAGACUUGUUCACUUAUGAAUAAAGACGGGCCCUUAAAAAGAAAGAACAAUUAAAGCGUUUGAAAUUAGCCGAGUGGAUGACUGUUAUCAGUCUGGAGCUAAUUCACUGCACACAGUGGAGGAGCUCUUCUCUGUCUCCCACUUCCUCAGUGGCAUUUUCCUUCGGCUUUGCCCUAUACGCCUUAAGCUUUAUUUAAACAUUACAUAACAAUUAGGAACAGCAUGAGGACUUUCAAUCAACACAACUCCAUCAAAUAUGUCUAGUCAUUUCUAUUGCAAUGCCCUCGCAAUAUCAGCUCAAUGAUAUUCUGGUACUUACAUAUUGCUCACACAGGACCUUUGUAUACUGUCACUGAUAUUAAUAUUAAAAGGGCAUGUUUACCUGCGCUGCUUAUGUGAACAACUCUCUGUAAAUAUGGAGUUCAUAUUUUACUUGUCUAGUGCAGUAAAAUAACAGAACAAACAUCAAGCCAAGGUGGACAGCGUUACCGGACAGCGAUUGUGCGUUUGUGUGUGUUUGCGAGCGCGUCUGCAUGCACGUGUGUGUAGAGACUCACGCAAGCCCUCGUGUUCUUUUUUUGACAGUGUGUCUCUUUCAGUGCUGUGAUGGAAGACCUGGGCAUGUCCCUCAGGUGCCACAAGGCAUUGAGGAAGAGAGGCAGACACAGAGGAAAAGCAGGCCUGUCUGGAGUCUUAUGUAACUCUAAACGCAUCCUGA